UUGUAUGGAGAGAGGAACCCCGGGGUGGACGGACAGCGGUCGUAGACUGGGUCGGAUUCCGCUUCAGAGGAACUCACAUUAAGUUAUAAUUCUCCUCUUGAACCCUGAUCUCACAGAGACUUGGAAACUUGUAGUGUUGGACUAUUAAAUGCUGGAUGUUUAAAACUGUUAAUUUAUUUCAUCAUUUCCUUGUAACUGGUAAGGCAGUUUCCCUUUCCAUUUUGUUUCGGGACAAAGAAUAACAACAUCGGCUAGUCUGCUGAAUGCGCCGCCGCAUAUUAUCUUUUGAAAAGCAUACGCUUUGCUACACGUGCAACUCGUGUAUUUUGAAUUUAGUAAUUGUAUUUUUAAAUGCAUCUUGCAUUUUUUCUCAUUGUGUGGACAAAAUCGUAAUUUUCAUUGUAAGCCUGCAACAGCUUGCUAAAAAUCAGCAAAAAUCAUUGGCGUGUUCAGAUCACAGCAAACUUCUCCCUUCAUUUGACCAAUCCGGUUAAAUUUACUUUACUUGGGAAAAUGAUACGGAUGCCCAAAGGCGUCUCUCCGGCAUCAGCUCGGCCAGCAGUGGUGCUCUCUUGCUCACAGCCGAAGAUGAAGGUUUUUUCCACCGGAGGUCUGAAGUCGGACUUUUUCAGCACCGGGCUGUCCAGUCCGUCCAGGAUCACGGUACCGGCGGGUUAUUUCAACCAGAUCUGCAACACCGCGGUGGUUGAACAAAGAGCCAACAGCCUGUAUUCAACCCCCCACGGACCCGAGGCUAAACCCAUCAGAUCAUCCUCCGGCCGGUUGCCGGCUAAAAGAAAGCUGGAUCUAGAAGACCCUCUUUACCUACCAGAGUUCCGCACACCUAAAGACAAAGGCAGCAUCUCUGCAAGGAUACCAAGCCCACGGACUCCAAAGUCUCCAGGUGAACGGACACGGUACGAUACCUCGCUGGGCCUGCUGACCAAGAAAUUUGUGGGGCUAAUUGCCGAGUCUCCUGACGGAGUCCUUGAUCUGAACUGGGCCACUGAAGUUCUGGAGGUCCAGAAAAGACGCAUUUAUGAUAUCACUAAUGUUCUGGAGGGAGUCCAGCUCAUCCGGAAGAAAUCCAAAAACAACAUACAGUGGCUGGUGGGAGAUGUAUUUGAAGGCGGUUCUAGCGGAGGAGAGAAGGCCUGUACCUUGAGGAAAGAGCUGGGAGACCUGGAAAAAGCAGAGAAGUCUCUAGAUGACCUGAUUCACUUCAGCAACUUACAGCUCAAACAACUCACUGAGUACAAAGACAGUCAGAAGUUGGGCUACGUGACGUACCAGGACAUCCGCUCAAUCGCUACCUUCAAAGACCAGACAGUCAUCGCUGUAAAGGCUCCCGCUGAGACCAAGCUGGAGGUGCCUGAUGCUGCAGGGGGCUCAUUACAGAUCUAUUUAAAAAGUAGAAAUGGCCCCAUAGAAGUCUACCUUUGUCCUGAGGAAGGGCUUGAGGAUGCUAGCCCUGUUAAGAGUGUCAUCAGUCCUAAAAAGGAAUGCCCUCAAAACUUCAACCAACCAGCUGCAGCGCCAGUAGCACAACAAAGUCACAGUGUCAAGGAGGAGCCUGUUGAAUGCAACAUAUCUGCUAAAGCUCCAGCCGCCACCUCUAGUUCUUCACUGCUUGACGUGGAGGGCCUGCUGGGGCUGCCCCCCAGCCUGCUUCAGAUCACCGAGGACCAGCUUCCUGACACCUCAUUCACCUCAGACCCCAACACCCCCUUUGUCAGUUUCUCUCCACCUUUAGACCACGAAGAUUACCUGUGGAGCCUGGAGGAUGGUGAGGGGGUGUCAGAUUUCUUUGACACUUAUGAUCUUGGGGAUUUAUUGAAGAGCUGAGAUACUGAAGAUGGAGGGGAAUGGAAAUGUUUAAAUGAAGGCCUUUGUGGGGCAGGAAAUAUUACACUAUAAAGCCAUUACUUUUUUUGCCAUGUCUGAUAGUACAGGUUUACUCUCACCUACCUUGAAAUUUAAGUUAGGCCAAAAAUUAGUUAACAGUGUAUAUUGGCUGCUUUGUGGACAAUCUCUCAGUGAGAGAGUCACUCUCUUGUUGGUUUGGCAGCUUUCUUUCAAAUCAAGUUGCUCAUUUUGUUAACCAGUUUCAUUGGUUGACUUUAAUGGAUGUGUUUUGAAUUAGUAGUAUGAGACUACUAUUGUAUUUCUAAGGAAAUAACCCAAAAUAAUUAAAUGCAGCUUCUAUGUUGUACUUCUGGUGGGUUUUCACUGGUUUGAGGGAUUAUUGGGGUUUAAUUACAGGAAUAAUUUUCUUUUUCUUCCAAAAUGAAAGAAAACUUGUCUGAGAGAAAUACAGAAUGAAGAACUAAAAUCUGUACAGUACAGGUUUUAGUUGCUUUCCUGGACUGUGCAGCUCUCACAUGUCAAACGCAUGCGGCCAAAGUCCGAGCAGCUGUGAAUUUUAUCUGUUUCUUGAAGUGUUUUUUUUAGAGAUUUAAACAUUUGAAUUUAAUGCUGAAGUUUUUUUCUUGUUUUUUUUUUUUUUUUGGCUUUCCCUCUUCAGUGCAGAGAUAAGCUAACUGUCCUGUCCUAACAAAACUUGAAGACGUGUGUUUGUGUGGGUAUUUGACAGAUAGGGAAAUGGGUGUAAAGGUGUGUUUGUGUGUGUGUUUUUACCAUGUAGAAUAGAAAACUUAAAUUCAGAAUUUGUCAUGUUUCAGGUUGAUUUUUUCAUUUUAUUUUAGUUUAUGUUUUUUUGGUAUUUGUACAUACAUUGUUUUGUAUUUAUACCUAUUUUUUAAGAAUUGUUGUGACUGUUGAUGUGAGACUUGCAGCACUUAAUAUUUUGUAAUAUUGUGUGUUUUGUUUGAAGUUGUUAAAUAAAUACUAAAGCCAU